AGCGAGAGCCACUUCAAAGGGAAGGGCUGGCGGCGGAGAGGUGGUUUGGGGACCGAGCGGGACCGGGGCGUCUCACCGCCCGAUCCCACCCCGGCGCUUUGCAUAAAUAAAUAAAUCAUGCGGAGAAAGAGAGGUGGAGAGAGCGGACGAGCAGAGGAGGUUACUUUGGGAAGCCGCGGCUCGCUCAUCCCAGCCCCGUCGUUUGGAGGGAGUGUGUCAUGUUACAGAGGAGCCACGAUCAGCCAGAGCACAGCGUCGCCGGAACAGCUGAGAAUUACCUCUCUCUAAUGGGGACUUUCAUGUGUGAGCUCCUGGCCGGUCUGCGAAGGAACUGAAACUGGCAGCUUAGAAGGAAACCAAAACCUACCAGCGGCUCAAAAGGCUGAAAGACAAAAAAAAAAAAAGAAUUCUCAUCAGAUUUUUUUCUCCUCUCCGAAUCUUUGCUGCAGUUGGAUCCGUUUUUUUUUUUUCUGCGCCCCUUUUUUGACAGGGAGGGAAUGUUGGAGGAGAAGAGCUGGAAGGGUGUCAGCGAAGCAGCUUUUGAUAGGGGCUGCGUGGCUCCCCCCAGGACCGGCGACGGGGAGAGAUGCUGCCGCCUCCCGCUGCUGCUGGGCUCGGGGCUGCCCGGCAUCUCCCUGCUCUCUCUGGUGCUGAGCCUCCUGCUGUACUUUCGGACCUCUGAUCUGCAGUCCCGGGUGUCCCACUUGGAAGCGGACAGAUCCACGCAGCUCCCUGCCUGGCUCUCAGCAGACCAAAUGGAGACGGCUAUUUUGGGAAGAGUUGACCAACUGCUUGAUGAGAAAUUGAAGUUUCACUUGCCGAGACAUCGAGAAGUUCGGGAGACGCACCAGCGAUGCAACUGCCCUGCAGGUCCACCUGGUACUACAGGAAGACCAGGGCUUCCGGGAGACAAAGGCGCGAUGGGAAUUCCUGGGCGGCCGGGACUAAAAGGGCAACCUGGAGAGAAGGGUGCUCCAGGAGAAGCAGGCAUGUCCAUCAUUGGGCCCCGCGGUCCACCCGGACAGCCUGGAACAAGAGGUUUUCCUGGAUUCCCGGGUCCUAUUGGCUUGGAUGGCAAACCGGGUCAUCCUGGACAGAAGGGGGAGAUGGGUGCUGCAGGUCCCAGGGGACAGCCCGGACCCCCAGGACAAAAAGGAGAAAAGGGUCAGUGUGCAGAGUACUCCCACAGGGAGUACCUAAGUACCACCCUUGCAGCCCUGCGCUCUAACCAGAUCCUUACGCUGAAGGGUGAACAAGGACAAGCAGGAAUCCAAGGUCCUCCGGGGCCACCCGGCCCACCAGGGCCCACUGGACCAGCUGGACCCGAGGGAACCCCAGGACAGCCCGGGCCAAUUGGGCCUCCUGGCAGAGCUGGAGAACCUGGGAAGCCUGGCAGAGAUGGAAAGGGCUUACCUGGGCCUCCUGGACCAAAGGGAGACCCUGGGAUUCAAGGAUACCCUGGCAGAAAGGGAGAGAGAGGCAUGCCAGGGCUGCCAGGAAGACAUGGCAUGAAGGGUGCUCCUGGGAUGGCCACUGCAGGAAUGAAGGGUGAGCCUGGGACUCCAGGAGAAAAGGGAGAGCCUGGAGUCCCAGGGAGGAUGGGCCCCCCAGGUUUGCCAGGGAAAAGGGGGCAGCGGGGUGAGAAGGGCCGAGCUGGUGACCCUGGGCUCCCUGGCCCAAAGGGAGAGAAGGGAAAUGGUGAGAAUGCCUUGGUGGGAGGCAAAGGGGAACCUGGCCCUCCAGGUCUGCCUGGGCCCCCUGGACCAAAGGGAGAAGCUGGUGACGUUGGUGCUGCAGGAUCACAGGGGGAAAAGGGAGAACGUGGUGCACCGGGAGAGCAGGGACCCAUGGGCCCGAGGGGCCCCAAGGGAGAGCCUGGGAAGGAUGAAAUGAUGGACUACGAUGGUAACAUCAGUGAAGCUCUCCAGGAAAUACGAACCUUGGCCUUGAUGGGACCGCCAGGACUUCCAGGUGUGGCUGGACCUCCAGGGCCACCAGGACAAAAGGGUGAAAUUGGCUUACCAGGUCCUCCAGGCCAUGACGGAGAAAAGGGACCACGAGGCAAGCCAGGAGAAAUGGGCCCCCCUGGACCUCAUGGACUGCCAGGAAGGGACGGACCACCUGGAAUAAAGGGAGAGCCAGGCCAGAUUGGGGCUGCAGGAGAAAAGGGAGAUAAAGGAGAGCCAGGACAAGGAGGCUCACCGGGUCUUGAUGGCCCCACUGGAGAGAAAGGAGAACGAGGUGACCAAGGGAUGCCAGGACUGCCAGGAUUACCAGGUCCCAUUGGACUUCCAGGAUUGACAGGAGAGAAGGGUCAGCCUGGGGAGCGUGGAGACAAAGGAAAUCCAGGAGAAUCGAUGUCUGGCCCCCCUGGACCUCAAGGCCCACCAGGACCUCCAGGUCUUCAGGGCCUCCCAGGACCGAAGGGGGAAGCAGGGAUUGAUGGAAUGAAAGGAGAGAAGGGUGUCCAGGGUGAAAAAGGAGACAGAGGGCCACUGGGAUUACCCGGUGCUUCAGGUUUAGACGGCAGGCCUGGACCACCGGGUACUCCAGGACCAAUUGGGGUUUCGGGACCAGCGGGACCAAAAGGAGAAAGAGGUAGCAAAGGAGAUCCUGGAGUUGUAGGACCAAUGGGACCAGCAGGACUUCCUGGUUUACAAGGUCUGCCUGGUGACAAAGGAAUCCGGGGGGAGAGGGGCAAGAAAGGCUCUAGAGGGUCUAAAGGGGAUAAGGGAGACCAAGGAGCGCCUGGAUUAGAUGCACCCUGUCCGUUGGGAGAAGAUGGCCUUCCAGUUCAAGGCUGCUGGAAUAAGUGAUUAUUCUAACCCUGGACUGGCCUGUGUGUGUUAUUGUACAUAGAAUAUUUAUUUUUAUACAGCGUUCUUCUCUGAAAUGCUCAAAGUUAUGCAUUUUUACAAAUUAUUAAGAAGCUGCGUAUUUUUUGUACAGAAAAUACUAGAUCUCCCUUCAUCCCCAUUUGUCAGUUCUCUGUGUACGUCUUCAUUAUGCUUGUUUGGUCAUGGAGUACAGCUGUAAUAUUUACAUGAUACGUGUGUGCACAUGAUGGAUAGAGGAACUUAAUAAAUUAUUGCAUUAAAAGUGCCCAAAGGAACUGCCCUGUAUACAUUCUAAAGUAAUUUUCCUUCGUCCAAGCUGGAAUAAUUCAAGACCAUUUCAAAAUAUGAUGUAUUUUUAUUAAAGAGAAACGUUCACGGG